AGCUCCCGCAGCCCUGCCAGGAGGAUGCUCCUGCCGCGGCUGUCCUUGGGAACGCGCUCCCGUGGAGGACGCUGGAACAGCGAGACGCUGUUCUCCGGAGAAGCAAUCUGCGGAGCCGCUUCCCUCGGCUGCCGGGGGCCGGCUGUGCCCAGGCCGGCGGGCGGGGGGCGCGGACCCCCCAGGUAAGGUGCCGAGGGGUCGCUGGCUGUCCCCUCGGCCGGCUCUGCGGGAUGCUCGGCAUGACUGCUCCGUCCUCCUCCGCCCUGCCGGCAGCCGAUCGGCCAGUUCGCUGCGAGGCUGCUCAGUCCCCGGGCAGCCGCUUCACCUUCAAGCCUGCGAGCGAUGUUUAGGCAGUGGAGGAGAUGGGCUAAUUUCCAAAAGCCUGCAGGACAUCCUGACUCCCAGUGGUGCCAACGGAAGCAGAACCAUCCCUUCCUGAGUGCCGGACCCAGAGGGCAGGGAGCAACUCCUCAGUCUAUCCUCUCUAGGAUCUGCCGCCGCUUUUCCUCUGAUGGCUCCAUGAUCUCCCAGGAGCUGAGGGCUCCCCGUGUGCCCCUGCUGUGCUUCAGGACAAGGGCUCCGUGCUUGCUGCAGCAUGGUCCAAGCCUGCUUGGUGUGCUCCAGAGUUCAUAGGGGCAGCCUGGCAGCCCGGGCAGCUGCAGUGGACAUGGACAAGCCGGACAAGCCCAGUCCCUCUGCCAAGAAGCACGUGCGUCUCCAGGAGAGGAGGGGCUCCAAUGUAUCGCUAGUGCUGGACAUGAGCUCUCUAGGGAAUGUGGAGCCCAUCCAGCCUGUCUGCACACCACGGGACAUCACGAUGAAGUUUCUGAGGACAUCCAGCCACGUGCUGAGGAAACAGGAGCUCCAGCAGCACGCCCAGAGCCUGGCACAGCUCCAGGAGGAGUUUUCGAAAAUCCCACCCAACUUUGUGAGUCCAGAGGAGCUGGAAAUCCCUGGACGUGCUUUCAAGGACAGAUACAAGACCAUUCUCCCCAAUCCUGAGAGCCGGGUCUGCCUCAGGAGGGCUGGGAGCCAGGAGGAGGACAGCUACAUAAAUGCCAACUACAUCACAGGCUACGCGGGGCGGCCCCGGGAGUACAUUGCCACGCAGGGACCCAUGCUCAACACCGUCACCGACUUCUGGGAGAUGGUGUGGCAGGAGGAGGCUCCUCUCAUCGUCAUGAUCACCGAGCUCCAGGAGCGCAAGGAGAAAUGUGUCCACUACUGGCCCGAGAAGGAGGGCACCUAUGGCCCCUUCACCAUUCACGUGCAGGGGGUGAACGAGUCUGUGGAGUACGUGGUCCGGGACCUCUCCAUCCAGCUUGGAAAGGAACGCCGCAAGGUCAAACACAUCCUCUUCCCCUGCUGGCCGGACCAGCAAACACCCGAGUCAGCCAAGCCCCUGCUGCACCUGGUGUCCAAGGUGGAGGAGGCUCUGCACACUGCAGCCAGCCCAGGGCCCAUCGUGGUGCACUGCAGCGCAGGCAUUGGCCGCACCGGCUGCUUCAUUGCCACCAGGAUCGGGUGUCAGCAGCUGCAGGACAAGGGGGAGGUGGAUAUCCUGGGAAUUGUGUGCCGUCUCCGCAUAGACAGAGGUGGGAUGAUCCAGACGAGCGAGCAGUACCAGUUCCUCCAUCACACACUGGCUCUCUACGCUUCCCAGCUGCCAGAGGGGGCAGGCCGCUAGUGCAGGGCUCCCAUCGGCCUUGUGCCUCCCUGCUGUGACCUCUCCUGCAGCAGCCUCGGGGACACCUUCACCACAACCUCUCCUGAUGCUGCCAGGCCACAGAGCAGCAGCAUGAACAUCCCUGGGGACUGCGGCUUUGGACCCUGGGGAUGAGCAAGGUGAGGCGACGCAGUGGGGGCUCGAGGUGGCCACUGCUGCUGGCUCGAGGCAGAUUUCACCCACAGAAAGAAGCUUUGGCUUUUGAGAGGUGCAAGAUCCUGAAGCAGAAGAGCAAGCUGUGUGGGGGAACUGCAGCUGGCAGAGGCCAGGAGCGUGGUUUGCCUUUCAGCUGCACACAAAUGUUCACCCUGUUAGACACAGCGCAGGUGGAACUACCCUGAAAUAAA